UGUGUGGAGGUAGUGCUCCCCUCUCUCUCUCUCUCUCUCUCACACACACACACACACACACACAGUAUCCAUGAUCACUCACUCCCUUGUAUUCUCCCCUCGUGUAUCUCUCCCCAGUGAGCAUUUCUCCUGGGGUGAACACCUCUGCUCCCUCGGGGUGUGAAAGAGGUUUGAUACCUUCCUUCUGAUUCAGGAAACAAGUGGAACCAUGGUAAAAACACUUUAUAAGUGACGAUCCCUCAUAAAGUUUGCGGCACAGUGAAUAUAUUGAGUGUCCGAACAAUAUUGAAAGUAAUAAUAACAAAUGAGGGACAUUAUAGCUAUUGAAUUACAUUGCCUUAACAUACAUGUACUGCUUCUCUGAUAUAUAAAUCAAACCAUCCAGACAUAUAAUAAAAAUGACCCAAGUUCGAAUCCAAGUCAACGAAAGAACAAAACUUGUAACUUGACAAUAAUUCUGUUCUCAAAAGAACAACAUCACUUGUAUAUAAAGAACAUUUGUUUAUUCAGUUCUUGUUCUCUGGAGAGUUGUUCAGAUGAGGAUGGAUCUACGAGUGACGUGGGUGAUGCUGUGUACCUUGAACCUGGUUCCUGCCUCAGGAGCUGUGGUUGUGGCGCCCUCGUCACUACAGAUACCUUACUCAUCACUGCAACCCCCGCAACAGCAACAACAGCAGUCUGGCCGGCGAGUGACUAGAAGCAACAGUAACAGCAGCAGCGGAGGACACCAUCACCACAGCAGCAGCAGCGUUAGCAGCAACAAUGUGAAAAUUGGCAGCAGUUACACGGCACUGAGCGACAGUAGUAGCAGUCCCGUGGAGCCCAUCAAACCUCUGCUGGACCUAAGCUCGGGAGCAGCAAGAACGUCAAUCUUAUCGAUGCCUCUACGUCCAGUGUUUGACGAAGCUGCUCCUCGUAACGUCUCCAGCCUCACUGGCAACUCUGCAUACCUUCACUGUCUUGUACACAACCUGGGUAACAAGAGUGUGUCUUGGAUCCGCCAGAGAGACCUGCACAUCCUGACAGUUGGCCGCUACACCUAUACAACGGAUCAGCGCUACGAGGUGAUCCACUCUCCUGGAUCACAAGACUGGAUCCUCAAGAUCAGCUACGCUCAGGUGCGCGACUCUGGAAACUACGAAUGUCAGGUGUCCACCAAGCCUAUCACGUCCUACGUGGUUCAUCUCAACAUAUUUGCCGCUCCCCAGGCAGAGGUUAUUGGCUUCCCAGACAUGCAUGUGGAUAAAGGCUCUACCAUCAACCUUACCUGUGUCGUGGCUCACAGUCCCGAGGCUCCAGCUUUUAUCUUCUGGUACCAUAAUGGCAAGGUGGUGAACUAUGACUCUCCAAGAGGCGGGAUUACCGUAGUGACGGAGAGAGGAACUACUACCCGAGGAUACCUGCUGAUACAGGAUGCCAGGGCUUCAGACACUGGGAACUACUCUUGUGCUCCCUCCAACACUGCCGCUACCACUCUCAGAGUUCACGUCCUCAAUGGGGAAACUCCAGCAGCGAUGCAGACAAGCGGAGGAUCAGCUACCAUAGUCUUAUCCACCAGCCACACCCUCCUGCUGCACUCGCUGCUGCCUCUGCUGCUGCUGUUCUGGGAUGCCCCUUUAUCCGGACUCUUGCGAAGCGGAGUUAUUUGAGGGCGUGUGUGUGUGUACUCACCCACUUAUGGUUGCAAGGGUCGAUUCUCAGCUCCUGGCCCCUCCUCUCUUUUCUUGCCACUUGCCGUGUUCACUCCCUCGUAGCCUCGUGGGCCCUAUCGUACCUGUUCGUUAAACUAUGUACUCGCCUCAUUGUGGUUUCAGGGGUCGAGUCAUAGCUGUGUGUGUGUGUGUGUGUAUGUAUGUAUGUGUGUGUGUGUGUGUGUGUGUGUGUGUGUGUGUGUGUGUGUGUGUGUGUAUGUGUGUGUGUGUGUGUGUGUGUUCUCACCGGUUUGUACUCUUGUGUUUGCGAGGAUCAAAACUCAGUUCCUGGACCUGCCUCCCAGGCUGCUUUGAUCUCUACUUCUGGCCUUUUGGGCCUUAAAAUAUCUUCUCCUGUAGCUGUGUAAUAAGUUUGCUUCCACCACUGCCUCAUCCAAGUCUCAAUCAUUCCUAGGACUCAUCUGUGUUUUCAUCUUCCGCCUGUGCCCCCGUUGAUCCUGGUUAUUUUAAUUCAAUCAGUCUGUCCCUAUCUGCUGUAUCUGUCCUUCUCAUGAUUUUGUAUGUCGUAAUCAUAUCUUUCUUUUCCCUCUCUGCCAAGGUCGUCAGGUUUACAUCAACGUUUCCUCAUAGUGCAUCUCCCUUAGUUUUGGUACCAGUCAUGUUGUAAACUCUUUGAUCUUUACGCCCUUCACCUGCUUUAUUAAUAGGUGAGGGUUCCAUGGUGGGACUGCAACCUCAAUGAUUGUCUCAACAUGUGGUGUAUAUAAGGUUGUGAAAGAUUCUUUAUUCAAGGUGUUUAUGUGUGUGUUUAUGUGUGUGUGUGUGUGUGUGUGUGUGUGUGUGUGUGUGUGUGUGUGUGUGUGUGUGUGUGUGUGUGUGUGUGUGUGUGUGUGUGUGUGUUAAAAACGCCUUUUAAGGACCGGAACAUUUAUAAGGAACACCUGAAUGAGUUUGAAUUUUGUAUAAAUAUUUUUAAAGGAUUGAGGUUCUUAUUAGUAGAAACCUAAGAGUAAUUUGAAUAUCAAUAGAUUGAAACCCCCUAAAGAAAAUAAAGCUUCAUAAUGUUUAUCUACUGAGGUGGUGGUUAACUCGUGACACUCAACACCACUGAAGGAACACUGGGAGUGAAUAUUUCUUGAGUGUUGGUUAACUCGUGACACUCAACACCACUGAAGGAACACUGGGAGUGAAUAUUUCUUGAGUGUUGGUUAACUCGUGACACUCAACACCACUGAAGGAA